AUGCCUUGGAAGUCCUCAUCGUCCUCUAUGGCUGCCAAGCCAAAGCCAAUACUGAGAUCCAAAUCUACUGCCAAGUCUAUUCGUGGGCAAAUAUCCGCACCUAUACCCGUUGCCGAUUCAUACGCGGAAUUUUCCGAGCCCAUGCAACUGCAUCCGUCUCGGGACGGAGCCCAACAACUUGAUGGCAACAGCAACCCCAGGCAGGAGCAGGACUUUGACCAGAGCCAAAUUUCCAAGGCCGCCGAGGAUUCCGCAGUUUUAUCUCAAGUACAAUCUGGACCCCAGAGAGUCACUAUAGAUAACUCGGCAGCCCCCAAUCCUGUACAUGAAGCCAGCAAGCGCCUCUCAAAGUCACAGACAAAGGAUGCACCCGCCCGCAAAAGAUCACCCAUUCGCGAUGUGAUAAGCCGUCUCUUUGGGAGGCGAAGGAAGACAGCUAGCCAGCUUACAACGGCAUCGGAGCCUGCCCAACGUUCUAGUGCUCCUCCACAGCAUAUGGUAACUACAACUUCACCGCAGCCGACACGAGUGAGCGCUCCCAUUCUAACCGGAAGUAAGGGGAAAAUUGAAAAGGCCAAUCAAGCACGAGGUUCUGGAGCUAGCCGAUCGGCGUCGUUGCCUGUCACCGAGUUUGACAGAGCGCUUCGCUCCCAUUCCGUCGGCCUCGACGAUGUCAUCGCGAUUCGAAGCGCACGAAACUCUGUGGCCAUGGACCAAAUCCAGCCCAAGAAACGAAUCGGCGAAAGCGCAACUCCGUAUGCCCUCGGGGCUCGGUACAUUGGCGAUGGGAAGCUGGCUGGACUGUGCCCGCGGCCCGCAAGUGUCAAUGACAGGGAUCUUCGCAGCUCAGCAAUCAUGACCGACGACCCUGACGAAAUCGGCCGUGCCAUUACCAGUGACGCCAGCGGGCUCAGGCGCCGCUCUCGAAGUAUGUCAGCCAUGUCCUUGAUGGAAGCCAACCAGGAGGUGCGCCGUCGACGAAGUCAGGAACUGAGAGAGCUCAGAGAGAGCUGCUUUUAUGACGAAGAUCCCCUCUCGCCACUGUCUUCCGAGUUUCCCGAAGAGGACGCCUUGGCUACCUUCGACCUGGACCUGCCGAACCCGCCACGACCGGCGACGCCGGAGCCGACAACACCAGGGCCGUAUUUGUUUGGCAAUCUCAUUUCCGAAGAAGAGGCUGCCAACAGGCAGCAGGUUGGUGAGAUUACGCUUAGCUCGAGGGUCAAUGGCAUCGAGAAUAGGCUACACGUUCUGGAGGAUUCGGUAUCACUCCUCAGGUACAAGUCGAACCCUUACGCAAACGUUGGCUGGAAACCUAGCGACGCCACGAUACCCUCCGGACUGGGCAUCCAACCUUCUUUUUCCUACCCAAAUACUCGAGAUCCUCACUACAGCCUAUCCAUGGGCAUGGCGCCCACAUCUACGCGGCCCUCCACGGGCCAUUCCGAAGCCGUUUUCACCGAGUCCAUCACCUCUCACAGCGGCGGAGGUGGCGGCGACGGAAACCGCACCGACAGUCGCGCCGUCUCUCAGCAGCCCUCCUUCUUUGACAGUGCCCGCCCGACGUCGGGGCAGACCGUCCGCGGAUCAAACGGCCAGCUGCUCGCGCCGCGUCACACCCCAUCACUCAGCGAGGAGCAGUUCACGGCCAUUCUCGGGCUCCUCGAGACGGAGCGCUCCGCGCGCCUCGUGCUCGAGGCCCAGGUGCAGCAGCUCACGCGGCAGGUCCGCGCGCUCCUCGGCAAGCACGCGCGGCAGCACGCCGCGCCGGCCGCCGUGUCCGUGUUUGAGUACGACGCCGACGAAAGCGAGUCCCCGCGCAGCAGCAGCGCCCGCUACAACGUCUGGCACCCGCUGAAGGGGUACCCGGUCGACGAUUCGGGCAUCGACCCGGGCGUGUCCUACCACGCUGCCAAGGGGAGCGGUUUCGACGAUGAUGAGGAUGAUGACACCGAGUCUGCGUCGCAGCUAUACGCUACGCCGAGAGAGGAGACGCACGCCGCAGACUUUGGCGCCUAUCCUGGCGGCACGGAUCAGCAGCAGCAGGAGGACGGUUCGGCGACCCGGACCUUGUCGCUGUCGCGGAUGACCAUGGCCCCCAUGCCGACGGCCGUCAUGUAA